CCCGGCAUCGAACUACAAGAAAAAUUGUUGCUUUAAAAAAGGUUUUGAUGGAAAACGAAAAAGAAGGAUUUCCAAUAACAGCCCUCAGGGAAAUAAAAAUUUUACAACUUUUGAAACAUGAAAACGUUGUCAACUUGAUCGAAAUCUGCAGAACAAAAGCAUCCGCCUUCAAUCGCUGCAAAUCAACAUUUUACUUAGUGUUUGACUUCUGUGAGCAUGACUUAGCUGGCCUCCUGAGCAACGUUAAUGUUAAAUUUUCUCUUGGGGAGAUAAAGAUGGUCAUGAAACAACUUUUGAAUGGAUUGUACUUCAUACAUAGUAACAAAAUUCUACACAGGGAUAUGAAAGCUGCAAACAUUCUCAUAACAAAGCAUGGAGUUUUGAAACUUGCAGACUUUGGUUUAGCCAGAGCUUUCAGUGUUAGUAAAAAUGGCCAACCUAACAGAUACACCAAUAGGGUUGUCACUUUAUGGUACAGGCCUCCUGAAUUGUUACUUGGUGAACGAAAUUAUGGUCCCCCUGUAGACAUGUGGGGUGCUGGUUGCAUUAUGGCUGAAAUGUGGACACGAAGUCCCAUUAUGCAAGGCAGCACUGAACAGCAUCAGCUAACUCUAAUCAGUCAGUUAUGUGGUUGCAUAAAUCCUGAAACUUUUCCUGGUGUUGAGAAACUUGAACUUUAUGUAAAACUAGACAUUCCUAAGGGGCAGAAAAGGAAAGUCAAAGAGCGUCUAAAGGCUUAUGUAAAAGAUCCAUAUGCCCUUGAUUUACUUGAUAAAUUGUUAACACUUGACCCGGCUAAGCGGAUCGAUAGUGACACGGCUCUCAAUCAUGAUUUCUUCUGGUCGGACCCACUGCCGUGUGACCUGACCAAGAUGCUGUCACCUCACACGCAGUCCAUGUUUGAGUAUUUGUUUUCUAAAAAGAAGAAUGAACAGAACAGGCAUGCUGGGCCAGGACCGCAUCCUCGUGCACAUCCAACAGCUAAUGAUGGACAGUAUCACGAUCGAGUGUUUUGAUUGGUUUAGUAAAAUAUAUGACAUGAUCACCUACCAUGUGAAGAACUCUUUUACAAUUUCGACAAGGUGUUUCCAUCUUGGAAAUACUGAGCUUAAUAAAACUAUUUAAAUUUUUUUACUGUAAAUAGGAAAAGACAGGCAGUUUCCAAAAUAUUUAUUGAAUUGCUCAGAAAACUGUUGUGAAACAUUCACUUAAUACUGUGUAUAUA